AUGUCGCAUGCGGACAGUAACAGUGUGUGUGCGAGUGAAUAUGAAGAGACGGUUUCUAGGAAAGACUUUAUUGAUGGUAAUGAUAGUGAUAUUUUGCGGGACGAAAUUAUGGAGACGGCUAUAGAACUUUGUAAAAAAUCUGAUGAUAUCGAAGAUGAUGGUAUUAUGGGAGUUCGACGAGAGAGGAAAAGGGAGAGAGAAAAGGAUGAAAAUGAGUGGCAAGUUGUAAAAGGGAAGGAAAAAAAGCAGAGAAAUACUAAUAAUGAGAAAAUUGAAGUCUAUGUAUCCCACCCAGAUAAAAUGCCGAAGCAAUUCGAACUGGCUAAGUUGUUUAAAGAGCUUAAUAUAUCUAAUGUAAUAAGAAUAAAAUAUCUGAAUCCAUAUCGUAUUCGCAUUGAAUUUACCGAAAAUUCCCAUGCUGAUAAAAUAUUAUCAUCAACGUACCUACAAGAAAAGGGUUUUAAAGUACAACAGGCCAUGGAAGUUAGCUAUACAUAUGGAGUGAUACGAAAUGUUGAAUUGAAACUAAAUGAUGAAGAAAUAAAGAGUCGAGUACAAUGUGAUUACCCGGCCCAGUUAGUGUCUGUUCAAAGAUGUAGGCGGAGAGAAGGAGACAAUUGGGAACCUUGCGAGACCAUUCGUUUAUGUUUUAAAGGAUCGUAUAGACCCCCCUGCGUUUAUGUAGACGGUUUGAGGGUAGACGUAGAAAAAUACGUACACUCGGUUUCACAGUGCCGAAAAUGUUGGAGACUAGGUCACACGAUCAAAAGAUGCCCGUCGUCGAAAGUAGUGUGCCCUAAAUGCGGUGGAUAUCACGCCAAUUGCGACACAAUGGAGUUCAAAUGCAUUAAUUGCGGUGGUAAGCAUAUGGCGCUUUCUAAAACUUGUCCGAUGUAUAUUAAAGAACAUAAAAUACGUGACAUAAUGGCAGAUUUUAGUUGCACUUAUAGAAAAGCUCUCACGCUUUACGUUGCACCCGAAACAGCGAUUGAACCCGAAAAAGAAUCUGAAGAUCCUCCACCUGAUUUAAAUUCUAAUAUAUUUCCAACGCCGAUUAAAGUUUCCGACAAUACUCCUUCAUAUGCCGAUAUUGUUAAAACAAAAGUUGAAAUUCACGAACAAAAACAAGAGAAAGCUGUACCUAAAAAGAGAAGAAUAAAAACCAGAAAUAAUUUUCAAAAGAAUUCGGUAUUGGAUUGGGAUUUUUCAUCAUCGGCAUCGGAGCAAGAGAUUAAAGACGAAAAACCAAAAGAUCAGCCGGCGGCAUCUAGUGAUAGAAUUAACUUUAGCGAGUUGUUAUUGAAGCUGAAAGAUAUAGUAUUUUUGAAUAAACUUAGUUGGCAAGCUAAAAUAAGUAAAUUGAUACAAACAUGCAUUGAAUGGAUUAUACUUUUGAUGGUAGAGAACAUAUCAGAUUGGCCGUUAGUUAAGAACAUUGUAGAUAGUGUAUUUAAGUUUAGCAAUGGAUAA